UAAAGCUAGUUUUUUGCGAACACAUCUUUGUAGAUUUUUUUAGUAUAUUAUCGGCGGAAAGUCUUUUUGACGUGAACGGCAACCAGAAUGGUGAAAGUAAAGUGUUCAGAGCUGCGUACAAAGGACAAGAAGGAGCUGUCAAAGCAGCUCGAGGAACUUAAAAAUGAGCUUCUUAAUUUGCGUGUGGCAAAAGUGACCGGAGGAGCUCCUUCCAAGCUUUCAAAAAUUCGGGUGGUUCGCAAAGCUAUAGCAAGGGUCUAUAUUGUAAUGCACCAGAAGCAAAAGGAAAAUCUCCGGAAAGUUUUUAAAAAUAAAAAAUAUAAGCCUUUGGAUUUGAGAAAAAAGAGGACACGAGCUGUUCGUAAGGCUUUGAGCUCCAGAGAUGCAAAUAGGAAAACUCUGAAAGAAAUUCGCAAAAGGUCUAUAUAUCCAACAAGGAAAUACGCAGUUAAAUCAUAAAUGUAUUGAAUGAAUGGUUAUAAUAAAAAAUAACAAUA